AAAUGUAGUUCCAAAAGGGAAACAACGACGUUAAGCACAUAGAGCCAGAAAUGCGGUAAGAACUACACUCCCCAGCACGCGCUUGAACGUGUUUCCGGUCUGGACGAUUUGCGAAGCAGGCAGAAGUCACUCGAAAAGGAUUAGCCAACUAGCAGCUGAAACGUCUUUAAAUGUGGGAAUUUGCGCUAAAUGAGCCACUUUAAUCGUCGUUGAGACAUCCAGCCCAGCAGUAACAACUCGCCUUCCUUGUCCUUCUACCUCCAGGGAGGUAAUAAAGGUGAAAACCCAGCUGUUGCCAUGGCAAUCCUGUUUGCUGUGGUGGCUCGAGGAACCACUAUUCUUGCCAAGCAUGCAUGGUGUGGGGGUAACUUCCUGGAAGUUACUGAGCAGAUUUUAGCUAAAAUUCCCUCAGAGAACAACAAACUGACAUACAGCCAUGGCAGCUAUCUGUUUCAUUACAUCUGCCAUGACAGAAUCAUAUACCUGUGCAUCACGGAUGACGACUUUGAGAGGUCACGUGCAUUCACCUUCCUCAGUGAAGUGAAGAAGCGUUUCCAGACAACAUAUGGCUCACGAGCGCAAACAGCCCUGCCUUACGCCAUGAACAGCGAGUUCUCCUCUACACUGGCAGCUCAAAUGAAACACCACUCAGAUCCACGUGGACCCGAUCGUGUCAAUGAGACUCAGAUGCAAGUGGACGACCUGAAGGGCAUCAUGGUCCGCAACAUAGACUUGGUAGCUCAGAGAGGAGAAAAGCUGGAGCUGCUGAUUGACAAGACAGAAAACCUGGUUGAUGCAUCAGUCACAUUUAAGACCACGAGCCGUAACCUUACACGAGCCAUGUGCAUGAAGAACCUCAAGCUGACUCUAGUCAUUGUGCUGGUUGCCCUUGUGGUGAUUUACAUUAUUGUCUCUGCUGCCUGUGGAGGUCUCAACUGGCCCUCAUGUGUCAAAUAAUGAGAGGAGAGCGGGGACAGAAGAGAGGGAGAUGAAGGAAAAGGGACAAAGGGGAGAAGUGCCUGUUUAACUCUGCUUGCCAGUGGACACAGUAGAAAAUACCACGUUCCUUGCUUUUUACUCCUUUGGCUUCAGAAGAGCUGGAAAACUAUUUGCUUCUCCUCAUCCUCCCACCUCCUUUCUCACCUCGACUUUGACAGCGCACAUUUAUAUGCCUUCUGGACCUGGAGUCCCACCUCAUACCCACACUAAUGGACAGCAGCCACGUGGCCUAAAACUGAUGUGGAACAAUGGUCUUGUCUUAUGUUAGUCUGGUGCAUUCAUCUUGUCUCAUGCACUUGAUUAGCUGAUGUAUCAGUUACUAUACUGUCCUGCACCUGCCUGUGUAAUUAAUCCAUAUAGAUUUAACUACAAAGGUAGCAAAAUUUGAUUUAUGAGUGUCCUGUUUAAUCUUGGAUGCCAAUAGAGUAUGUGGGUAACGUGUUUUAAAUGUAUCACAAGGGACUCACGGUGUAGUGUAUGGGCCUCUGUUGAAGAACUUUAAACACAUUGUUGACUAAACUGAUGCAGUGUACAGAUUUUCUGAUAAGUUUUAUCACUUAGCACAGUUGUAUCUUCUAAGGUUAAUGUUGUGAAAUACCCUGUAUGAUCAUAAAAAUAAAUAUUGUACAUUUGAUUGAUGAAGAAUGGUUGUUUUAAAGCAAGUGUGAUUUCUGCCUGUGGAGUUGAGGCUUCCCUUCACCUUUUACCUCCCUCUUUGAGGUUCAGUGUGCCCAUGUUUUCUUUCUGUUAACAAAAUGCACUUUUUAUAUUAUGUUGUACAUAGAUUUGCUUCCUGACAUCAUAUGGCUGAUGAUCAUUAUGUAAUAAUUGUACAUCCUCAUUUAAAAUAAAUAAAAUCUGAUGGAACUGAG